GGGCGGCGCGGCACCGCACCAUGUGGGGCGGGCUGCACCCCGAGCUCGGCGGCGGCGGCUUGCGCAGCUACAAGGCGGGCUCAGAUUAUUCCUCAGUGGCAUGGUUACCUGGUACUGAAUCCCUCUGGCAGUCCACAAGCGUUUCAACAAGCAGUCAAAGCAAUCCUGUCAGAAGACACAGUAUAGCUUCCGACAGCGGGGACACUGGGAUUGGUACCUCCUGUUCGGAUAGUGUGGAAGAUCAUUCAACUUCAAGUGGUACAUCCUCGUUUAAGCCCAGCCGAUCACUGGUUUCUAUUCCUACUGCCCAUGUGAUGCCGUCUAAUGCCAGCUCUUCGCUUUCCAAACACAGGGAAGCUUUCAAAUCUGAAGGCUCAAAAUGGAGUACAAGCUUUGUACGGUCGGGAGGAGGCAGAAAUCAGAGCAUCCUGGACAGUUCUCUUGACAUGAAAGAUGCAAGACCUGUAAGGAAAUGGUCCUCCUUGUCUAAACUCAGCUCACCAAAUACCUGCAGCCAGGAUGAAAGUAGUCAUUCAGCGGACUCCAGGGCUAGUACAGACAAAGCUAUGUCACCACAAUUAAGGACAAAUGGGCCAAGUUGUUUGCAUGAUAGCAUGGAGUUGCUAAAAAUUGAGGACAAAGAAAUGGGGAAAAAACGAUCUUCUCUGCUAGACUGCAAAUACAAAUUUGAAUCAUGCAGCAAAGAUGACUUUGUUUCAGAUUCCUCAAGUAGGAGACAUGCCUUAGACUUGACCUACAGUGCCUUACCCGAAAGCAAAUCUACAGCAACCAGCUGUGAAGCUUUUGGACCAAGAUAUGCAACUCUGGGACAGCAGGCUGUGAGUGGAGUUCCCAUACAGCCAGCAGUGAGGACUCAGAUGUGGCUUAAAGAACAGUUACGUGCAAAUCCCAUGGACUGCAGGAGCGCUGAGGAGUCAUAUGGUGUAGCUGCGUGGCAUGUGCAGCAGCUUGAUGACUUCAGACCGGGAGGUGAACAGCCUGCGCAGGUGCUGACUGGAACGUCUCGUCAGAGUUAUCCAGCUACCAGCUAUCAGGACUUCAGCAACUGGGAGUCUCUAAUGAAAAUAAAAGAAGGGCUGCUAAGGCAGAAGGAGAUUGUAAUCGAUCGGCAAAAGCAGCAAAUUAACAAUUUACAUCAGAAGAUAAGGGAAAAUGAGUUACGAGCUCAACAUGCAAGAUUGAGCCAUCUUGUGAACUGUGAAGAACCUUACAUGACUAAUUUGCAGCAACCGCAGUAUGAGAGCACAUCAUUGCAACCUCAGUUUUCAGAAAGAUCAACAUCGCAGCUUGAGGAGCUCGAGCGGAAGAUUGCAGCAGCUGAGAAUAAGGAAUUACAACUCAGUGAAUUUCUUAAGCAAAUUUCAAACAAAUCUAGUGAGGAGAAAAAGAAGAUGGAAGAGAAACUUAAAACUAGAGACCGAUACAUUAACAGCCUAAAAAAGAAAUGCCAGAAGGAGUCUGAACAAAAUAAAGAAAAACAGAGACGAAUUGAAACCUUAGAAAAGUACCUGGCUGACCUGCCAACGCUGGAUGAUAUAGAAGGCCAGACUAAACAGCUGCAAAUUAUAGAAGAGAAGAACAAGCAACUCCAAGAAGCUCUGACUGAGUUAGAAAAGAAGCUUGGAGAGGCCCGAUCACAGUGCAGAGACAGAGAAUUGCAACUGGUGUGUCAGAAGAAAAAAGAAAAAGAGCUGGUCACAACAGUGCAGAGCUUGCAGCAGAAAGUAGAAAAAUGCCUGGAAGAUGGUAUUCGCCUUCCCAUGUUGGACACAAAACAGCUUCAGAAUGAGAAUGAAUGUCUCAAAGAAAAGAAUGAGAAAGCCAGUAAGGUCAUAGACAAUCAACAAAAUCAGAUAGCUGGGUUGAUUUUAGACUUACAGUCUAUGCAAGAGAAGCUUUUGCAAGAAAAGCUGGCAGUUCAGAAGAUGACAAAUGAGCUUGAAGAAAAAGAAAAGAAUAUAGAGCAAUUAAAUAGAACUCUCUUUGAAAACCAAAGAUUGGUGGAAGAGAACGCCUCUCUGAAGGAACAAAUACGGCAGGUGGAACAGGCUAGGCAGCCGGUCUCUGAGAAGAUGCCCAUAGCAGACCAGUUGUUCAAGGAAAUGUCCCACUGUUUGCAUGACUUGAAAGCACUGUGCAGUAUUCUUACCCAGAGAGCUCAGGGCAAGGAGCCCAACCUUUCCUUACUGCUGGGAAUCAGAUCACUGAGCUGUUCAGCUGAAGAGAAUGAAAAUUACUACAGCACAGAAACUCUGUCGAAGAAGCUCUUGGAUGUUUGCCAGUUACGCAAGGAUAUUGAUGAAUUAAGGACUAUAAUGUCGGACCGUUAUGCUCAGGACAUGGGGGACAAUUGCAUUACUCAAUGACAACAUUUCAUCUAGCAGCAAAUGACUUAUUAAACGUUGCUGUGUCACAGGUCUUUGCAUUUCUAUUAAGGAGCCAUAUUGGAAGACUGCAAAUAGAGCUGCACAUGCAUAUCUGUGAGGAUUGGGCAUAUUUAAUCUUGGGAGUCGGGUGGGGAGGGGAGAGUCAUUGGUUGAGUAGAGUGGUGCAAGCUACAAGAAAUAUUUCUCCAAACUACUGAAUGUAGGAACAAGCUGUGAAGAAUGUUUCAGUUGGAUACUUUGUUUCCUUCAUUAGGACUCAUUUUAUUACUUCAUGGGGUUUCUGGAAUGAGAGCGUCAAAAUCACCAUGUUGCUACUACUGUCCUUGCCAUUCAAACCUUGCUGGAGGAAUCAUCAGUAUUCUGAAACUGGAGAAAAGGGUCAAAGGACCUAGAGCUCUGUGUGGUGAAGCCAGAGGUUUCAGUGACUGCACUUCAUUCUAGGAAUUGCAGUUGGGAUAAGCGUAGAGCACUGCAAAAAGUAGCUACUCUUUAGAUCACCUAAAGAAUUUGAUAGAGGAAAGCUGUUAUUUUCAGUAAUGGAUCACUAGUAUGCUUUCUCAGUAGCAAAAUCAAAAACAAGUUUCAACUUCAUGUGUGUGAAAUUCAUCACAUUUAGGACUAUCAAAUCUGUACGCUGCUUUAAGAAGCUUCAAAAGUACAAAGUCUGUCACAAACCCAGGGAGGAGAAAAAAAAUCGUGGCAUAGGAUGUAGCUAUCAGAAAGAGUAGACUGUAUUUCAGUGUUUGUACAGUACUUUUUUUUUUCUCAAUAUCCAUUUAAAAAUGUGGUCAGUCUAUAUAUGCAAGUUCCUUUCCCAGAAGGAAAAGGAUGAUGAGGUGGUGAGCAACCUCAACCAUUUUUGAAUAGAGCUACGAAAUGGGCAUUUGACGCUUUUUGCAAAAAUCAGAGCUCAAGACAGAAUGUUUCUGCUUACCAGUGUUGAAUACCAAGUUAUCUGAAGACUGCAAAACUUUCCACAUUGUUUUGGAUUUCUCAAUUGUUCCAUAUUUGUAAGAAUGGAUUCCAUUAAAAAAAAAAUGAUGAUAAGAACAUGUUCCAUAGCUCUGCCAAGUGACACUUGCUGAAUAAACUAUCCUGCUCCUGUGGGACACCUGGAAUACCAGCCCCUCACCUUCCUGGAACAACGUGGAAAGUUAGCUGAACAGUUGUGUGUGGUGUAAAAUAGUAUUUUACUGAAGGAAACAAAAGCCCACAAAGAGCAAAACCACUCUUAAAUCACAUUAUUAAGAAAAAAUGUGAGCACCAACUAUAUGUGAUAUUUAAGGAAAGUUUGGAGUGGCUGAGGUGAAAGAGUCAGCUGGUCAGCUGCCCUGUAGUGUUGGUAACAGCGGAAGUCUCAGUUAGAAAGCAUAACGGUUAGGACUAAGUAAACAGAGUAAAAUUCAUGUAACGAAUUAGUAUCUUCGGUUUUCUGAUGAUAUAUAAUAGCAAAAAAGCAUCUAGCAAUGUAGACAAAAGUUACCAAUGUUUAACUUGGCAGUGUUCACUUUCUGUUCCGUGUUAAACAGUUACUGUUAAUGUUCCUUUUAUAUUUUAGUGAUUUAAAAAUGUUUUUUUUUUUUGAUGUUUUUUCUUCUUUUUAACUCUAUGGACUUAUUUAUUCGACAGUAUUCUCUAUCAUGAACCUACACCUGGACUAACCUGUGAAAAAUAGUGUUACUAUUUCUGUUACUGUUUCAUGGUAUUUUCAGGUAGAUGAACCUGACUGAUCCACCUCCUUGCAAGCACUAAAAACAGUGUCUAAAUGUAAUCUCAAGUGAAAUUCCCUUCAAGGGAAAAAAGGAGGCUGUUUAUUUUUAGUGUCUAAACACUGCUCUUCCUGUAGUUCUGAAGAUACACCUUCGUACUAGUGCAAAACAGAAAACCAGGAUCUUUGCACAAAUAGACCUUCCCCGUUUCCUGUGCCUCUAACAGGACUGGCUUUUGUAACUGAAGCCUCAGUAUUUUUUAACAGCCAGUUCCUUUGAUAUAGUUUGUUGUUCUUGACCCUGCAGUGAAGUAGUAGGUCCCCAGUUCAUGGCAUCUUUCUCUAAUACCAGAAAUUCAACAACAGAAUUUCAAAUAGUAACUUAAAAGUAUUAGGGAGGGAGGAAACACCUAGGCCGCACAUUAUUUCCUUAGAUGAAAAUGUUAUAUUUAUAAAAACUACCAAGCAACACAUGCUUCUAAAUUUUGUGGACAUAAUGAGUCUAAUAGAGUGAUUAGGAAGGAAUGGGAUGUUUUUUUGGAGUCCUUUUCUGUCACUUUGUGUUAUUAAGCUGUUCAUUUGACUGGUGUGCCUCCACUGUCCCGCCUCUCAAAUGGCGAUACUGUAUGGCAGAGUUGAGAUUAGUAAUUUAAUAUUUGCAAAGCACUUCGGGAGCUUUUUUGCUCUUUAAGUAUUGAAAUUCCCUCAGGAAAGAGGUCCCAUUUUAGUUGUAAUACUUGGAUUGCAAUGCUACAAUCUUCUUGCAUUUUUAAAUUUUUAUUGAAGAAUCUGUAAUAUUUAUGUUGACUUUAAAGCACUUGAUUUUAAAGCACCCUGAAUUUAUCUGCCUAAGUCAUAUUAAAAAUAGGGAGGUAAAUAAUGGAUGUAUGAGCCAAAGAUACAGAUUACCAACUGAAUAUAUACAUUGAUACAGUAUUUUAUUUAAAUUCUUAAAAUUUGGCUGUUGUAGUGGUAGCAAUUGCUAUAUAUGCAUCACUUUAUGGAUGCCUCUAAAUGGAAUAAGCUUUGUCUAGGAUAUGCAUGAUUGUUUAAUUGGUUAAAAAGUAGUGUGUGUGUGGUCUCAUUCAGCAUAUUUAAUAUACAGUUGAUUAAUGAAUGUUAACAUUGGAAUUGCUUAGAUUUAGUCAUGACAACUUUUUGCUGUAGCUGUUAGACAAUCUCAAGGGCUGAAAAGCAACCGCUAAUGAAUGGAUACUGUACAGUUCUGUCUGUCAGCAAAUUUGUACAGGAUUUUUUUUGUAUAGCUUCAGAUUAAAUUUAUACAAUCCUUUAGAAGAUACUUACAGUAAUUAACUACUGUAUUCAAGAAUGUAUUUUGAAAAAGACUCAGAAAGUAACUGUCUUCGAACAAGCUAUAGAUGAUGCUAUGUAUUUGCUAUAUAGGAGUAAUGCAGCGCAAUUGUAUAAACUUGGUUUAGGUUCCUAGCCUCACCUGUGUAGCUUUAUAGUGUGAUAAUUCUGUGAAAUUAAGUUUGCUAUAACCACCCACUCAGACAUCAGCAUCUUAAAACUGCCAGUAAUUGCAGUCAUGCAGUAAUUGCAAGAGCCAAAGUGAUUUUAUCUUUUUCACUUCAGAAGGUUUAUUUCCUUCCUUUGGCCUUGCUGCCUGCUUUUGUUUCAGAUGCUUUUCCUGGCUGCUUGCAGGUUGGGAGCACGAGGAAAAAAAGGAAAAUGCUUCCUCCGCUCCUGCUGCCCUUGCACUGGGAGCUCCAGCACGCUGCUGUGUACCAGCAUGGGCUUAGUUUUCUCCAGUUUUCCUGUCCUUAUCAGUGUUCUUACAUAGGUGGAGUUACGUCUCUAACUUGGGUCUUCUGCCUAAUCUAAUGGGUUCUGUCAUGAGUGGGGAAAAGAUCUUUUGAAUUAAUCUGCAUUCUUAGAUUGAAAAGAAGUUAAUGGAUAUUAUGUAAAGAGAUCACUUACUCUAGUAGCUCAUUAGCAAUAUUAAUUUGACAGCUGCAUACCUUUGUGCCUUUUUUGCCCGAAGUAAAUGUAUAUUCCCUGUGAACUUCAGAUAAGUUGUUAGAAUGUCAAUGACUGCACCUUGUUUCCCUCUUGCCUGCCGAUACUUUGUUUAUAGGCUUUUGCAGUAAGGACUCUUGCAUAAUAUCUAGAAAUACAAGUACUUAAAGUAGGUACUAGGCAUACACUUUUGAUGUUAGGCUGGUUGUAGUAUGCAGCUUUUUUGAAUAUGAAGUGUGAGCAGGAAACUCAAAUCAUAGUGUGUUGAUUUUGUGUAUAUUAAUUACAGUAUAUCAUUAGUUCAGUGGGGAGGAAUGCUUGGAGCUAACUUUUAAAAGCACAGCUGACGUAUGUACUGGAUCAGUCCCUAAAGACUGGUAGUUUUGUAAAUUGAGUUCAAUUUUUGAACUGCUCAGAAUACCUCACAUGUAAAUAGAGUUGUCAUGACUUAAUCAAAAUGUGUUCAUUGUAAAAAGCAAAGAAGCCACUGGCUGGCUCAGCUUAGGCUUGUUGUUCUUGCCUCUUUUUGUAAUUUUUUUUAAAGUAGGGUUUACAGCUAGAAUUUUGAAUGCCAAAGUUCUAUUUAUUAAAUAAUAAUAAAAGUUUUCAUUGUUAAUGACUGGUAUUUUUCCACUGGAAUUUGUUUGUUGAUGUUUGGGAUUUGUAUCCACAGAGCAAAAAUAAAUUUUGUUACAAAACUGA